CCACUUAAACAAAUAGAUGAUGAAAGGGUGUCUAUAAAAUGGACUAACAAUCAUCAUUAGCAACUGUUUUACUGAGUCGCUGCUUUCGAACAUUGUUUUGUAUUCCCUUAAAAGUUAGAUUUUGUGGGUCUCUAAUGUAAAUGGCUUUUAGAGGCCUUUUAGAGGUCUAAAGGUUAAACGAUUCGUUUCACUUCAAUGGCCAUACCGAGUAUCGACAAUCGAAGCAAGCUAUUCCCGCCAUAAGCCUCUUAAAAUCAAAACAAAACCGUUCCACACCCAGCUCACUUUAAGACUUAAAAUGUCAUCCAAUGAGAAGUUUAAAUAUCCGGACUCGAUGCCAGUAAUAGACGGAGUGGUUCACUUCGACUACACUACGAGAGAUGAUCUGCAACGAAUCGCAAACCUGGAGCUAAGGGACGAUGACGUCUUUCUGACGGCAUACCCUAAAAGUGGUCAAACAUGGACAAUAGAAAUCGUCAAGCAAGUCCUUAAUGGCGGCGAAUUUGAUCAGCAGUCACCAAUGUUAUGCCGUGCGGUUUACUUAGACGCUUUUUCUUUGGAGAAAAGAGCAGGAAUGCCCCCAAUGCGAAACUACGAGACAGUGACAGACUUUGCGAAGUCAUUACCUUCCCCGAGGAUCCUUAAAACCCAUCUACAGUACCAUCUAGUGCCCAGGAGCGACGGUUGCACGGCCAAGUAUAUCUACAACAUCCGUAACCCAAAAGACGUGGCGGUAUCAUUCUAUUAUCACCAUCGCACGUUGAAACCGUACUGUUUCCAAGAAAAGUGGAAUGACUUCUUUGAAAUGAUGAUGAGCGGUCAAGUGCAGUACGGUUCGUGGUUUGAUCACGUUCUCGACUGGUGGGAGCACCGUGACGACCCUAAUAUUCUCCUUCUCAAGUACGAGGAUAUGAAGAAGGACCACAGAGGUGCGGUGGCAGCUAUUGCCAAGUUCCUUGGCAGAGCACUAACAGAGGAACAGUUGGGCCGCAUCGUCAGUCAAACAAGCUUUGAGUUUAUGAAAAGUCAGGAGCUGUUCAAGCUUAAAGAGCCAUUCAAAAAUCCUAAUGAACCGGAGCUUAUCCGCAAAGGGGUAGUUGGUGACUGGAGAUACCAUUUCACCGCUGAACAAAACCAGAUGUUUGACGAGUUAUACAAAACAAGGAUGUCUGGAAAGGGGUUUGAUAUUGAGUUUUCAGGCAUUAGUGCACUUGGAAAAUAAAUAACGAUUUUGAGCACGUCAGCAUUUAAAUUGUGGAUUUGAUUUUGUAGUCUCAGUUAAGAAAUAUAGCUUCAAAACUCGACAAAUUGAAAACAGGAAGGGGUUUCCAAAAGUGUUUGUGGUGCUUAUAUAAUGUAAAAUUGACAUUAAUUAUGUUACCAGUUAUGUUGUCAGUAUAACAACCAGCAUCAUGUACUUUAGUUAUAGCACCGAGACUUGUAUAGAGGCUAAAAACAGCGUUUCAAAAACAGGAAAACUUA